AUGAAAGUUUCUCAAAUUUUACCAUUAGCUGGUGCUAUAUCCGUUGCAUCAGGUUUUUGGAUUCCUGAUUUUCUGAACAAACAAAAUUCAAAUUCCUACCCAGGCCAAUACAAAGGCAAAGGUGGCUAUCAAGAUGACUGUGGGGAUGAUUACAAGAAAGGUUAUAAAAGCAAAACCUACUCCAAGGUCAAGCCCAUUACUAGCACUGAUUGUACCACUCCAAUUCAACCAACAGGGACCACCACCGGGUAUACAAAAGACGUUGUUGAAUCUACCUCCUACACGACUGACACUGCUUAUACUACCACAGUUAUAACUGUCACCAAAUGUGAUGGCGGUUCUUGUUCUCAUACAGCAGUAACUACGGGUGUCACUAUCAUCACCGUCACUACCAAUGAUGUUAUUACUGAAUACACUACUUAUUGUCCAUUGACAUCAACUCCAGCUACUGAGUCCACUCCAGCUACUGAAUCUACUCCAGCUACUGAGUCCACUCCAGCUACUGAAUCUACACCAGCUACCGAGUCCACACCAGCUACUGAAUCUACCCCAUGUACUACAAGUACUGAAACCACUCCAGCUACUGAAAGUACUCCAGCUACUGAGUCCACUCCAGCUACUGAGUCUACUCCUGCUACUGAAUCUACACCAGCUACCGAGUCCACUCCAGCUACUGAAUCUACUCCAGCUACCGAGUCUACACCAGCUACUGAAUCUACCCCAUGUACUACAAGUACUGAAACCACUCCAGCUACUGAAAGUACUGCAUCCACUGAGACAGCUUCAAGUACACCAGUUGAGUCUACAGUAAUUGUUCCAAGUACAACUGUUAUAACAGUAAGUUCGUGUUAUGAGGAUAAGUGUUCGGUUUCAUCAGUUACCACUGGAGUUGUUACCAUCUCAUCUGAAGAAACAAUUUAUACUACUUACUGUCCUAUUACAUCCAGUAUAACUAUUCCAGUUCCUAACACGUCCACACCAGCUGCUCCAGGUACUCCAGUAGAAUCUCAACCCGUUAUCCCAGGCACUGAAACUACUCCAGCUGCUCCAGGUACUCCAGUAGAAUCUCAACCCGUUAUCCCAGGUACUGAAACUACUCCAGCUGCUCCAGGUACUCCAGUAGAAUCUCAACCAGCUACUACACCAGUUGCCCCAGGUACUGAAACCACUCCAGCUGCUCCAGGUACUCCAGUAGAAUCUCAACCAGCUACUACACCAGUUGCCCCAGGUACUGAAACUACCCCAGCUGCUCCAGGUACUCCAGUAGAAUCUCAACCCGUUAUCCCAGGCACUGAAACUACUCCAGCUGCUCCAGGUACUCCAGUAGAAUCUCAACCAGCUACUACACCAGUUGCCCCAGGUACUGAAACCACUCCAGCUGCUCCAGGUACUCCAGUGGAAUCUCAACCAGUUAUCCCAGGCACUGAAACUACUCCAGCUGCUCCAGGUACUCCAGUGGAAUCUCAACCAGCUACUACACCAGUUGCCCCAGGUACUGAAACCACUCCAGCUGCUCCAGGUACUCCAGUGGAAUCUCAACCAGUUAUCCCAGGUACUGAAACUACUCCAGCUGCACCAGGUACUCCAGGCACUGAAGCUACUCCAGUUACUACUCAACCAGUUUCAGUACUUAGUACUCUGCAAGUUGUUACUGCAAGUGGCGAAUUUUCUACAGUUACUGCUCACUCAACUUCAAUUGUCGCUAGCUGUCCCGAAGGUGGAUGUGUUCCAGAAGGACAACAAACUGAAACCAGCCCAUCAGUUCCUACCAAUGGUCCUGAAGUUGAAGCUUCUUCCAGUGUUCUUUCAAUCCCAGUUUCAUCUGUUACUACAAGUACAAUAGCAAGUUCUAGUGAGACUUCUGUACCACCAGCUCAAGUUUCCACUUUUGAAGGAUCUGGCUCUGCACUUAAAAAACCAUACUACGGUUUAGCAGUGGCUGCAUUAGUCUACUUUAUGUGA